AUGUCUGGCGCAUCUGUCGCGCCUUUUGUCUCCAGGCGGAGCUACCCCGAUCUGUCAGCGAAUAGCGUCACGCCGAUCACUCCCGCUCAGGUGCCUCGACUCCAGUUCAAGCCCAGCCCACCGCAGAGCUCUCAUAUCUACGCCCACCCGUCAAUAAUGGAACCCACCGUCCUCCUCCGUCUUGCCACUCAUCGCUACCCCAUACCGUCUCAAUACUACCCCCAUAUUAGUCAUUACCGGCCAGUGAUGCCUUCCCAAUCCUCUUACCUUCGUGCUUCUGUGCCCCGCCAGCCCUCUGCAAAUCCUUCGCAUAUGACAUCCAUGUCGUCUGGCUCUCCGCCAUAUCAAGCAGCAAUGCUCGGCUACGAGAACUCGGACGCUUCCUCCGAAUACAACACCAUAGAGGCGGCUUUCGACCCGAACACAGGGACUCGAGGCCACAACAGCUAUGGUGGCGAAUACCAAGAUCCGCUGCGCAGCUCGUGGAUGUCCACAGAUCAAGCGUUGUCGUACAACGACGCUUACAUGUCAGGGAUGUACUCCUUGUCAUCCGCAAUGUCUCCCGUGGCCGCCGAUGAAAAUCGCAACCUCGCUGACCAAUACUCGAGCCUCGUCGACCCGUACAUUAAGCAGGAGGAGUACUUGUCCGGCUACGACAAAUACAGCCAGGACAACCUUGGCUACACCGGGGCGGGCACAGCGUCGUCCGUCUCUGCUGCAAGGCCCCUCUCCGCUGCAGGGCCCCUCUCGUCGCAGCACACGGCACACACCUCUACUGCAGGAAUGACUCAUCGCACCCCGGCGUUUCCCCGCUAUGACUUGACCACGCAGUCGUCGGCAUACGGCGUCAAUGCCGCCCCCGAUGUCACCGCCUCCUACUCCCUCCAGCCCGGCACGCCGUUCACGACCUACGAGGCAAACAUCCCGCGGUAUGUGCACCCUGCGCAGGUGUCGCCCAACCUCUCGCCCGCAACAGAUUACGUUCCGCUCGAGAAAACUGCCGCGUCUCCUGCGGCGUGCGACCCGCGGACUACGUUCAACGGCCCUAGCCCGCCGCUGUCCUUCACCAGUAUGAGUCCCCCAUCGCAGCGCGGGCGCUCCGACAGCGAUGUUGGGAGCGCGAGCGUGUCCCCACCGCUUGUACAAACUGUUGCGCCCGGAAAGCGGCGACGCACCGUGAGUUUCACGAGCACGUCGUCUGGGGACAGCGCCCAUCAGACCGAUGGGGGCGAGUCGGAGCGCGAGAACAGUGAUGAGGAAGGAGAUAGCGACGAUGAAUAUCAAGUUUCGCACCUACGGCGGCGCACGGUGUCGACGACAUCGACCUCGUCCCGCGCCGAAUAUCCCUCCCGCCGCGUCGCUCCACCUGUUCCGGUCCCGAACCUAACUAAGAAGAGCAGAGGCCGACACGUCCCCACUGCGGAGACUGUUGAGAGCGGCGUGGGCAAGAACACGAGGAUGUACGUGUGCAAGGUGGCUGACUGCGGCAAGUGCUUCGCGAGAGGCGAGACACCGCACAAGUGCCCGUGCUGUGGCAAGGAUUUCAGCCGGCACGACAAUCUCGGACAGCACAUGCGAGUGCACAAGAGUUCGUCUUCCAAGCAGCGCCGCUUCACCGCCGUGUGA